CAGGCCCGGCCGGGAGGGCAGGAGGCCGCCCCGGAGGCCCGGCAGGAUGAGCGCCCGCAAGGCGGCGGGGGGACGGGCCGCGGCCCGGAAAGGCGCGAAGGCGGCGGCGGCCAAGCAGGCGGCGGGGCCCGGGAGGGCAGCCUUGCCCGCCUGCGACGGCCGCCGGCCCGCCCAGGAGGACGCCGCCGCCCCGCCGAGCCCCAGCCCGGAGCUGAGCUGUGAACUGAAAGCUGCGCUAACUCUGCAGUGCGCCUUCCGACGCCUCUUGGCCUGUCAUGAGAGAGCAAGGAGAUUGAAGGAGCGGCAAGAAUACAAUGAGUUAAUGGAGCGCCUCCAGAGAGAGGCCUUUGUUGCACUGGUGAGGAGGGAGCAGGAGGAAGCUGAGCGGGAGCGGAAGAAAGAGGAAGAAGCAAAACAGAAGCAGCGAGAGGAGCAGCAAAGGAAGAGGCGGAUGUUGGAGGCAGCCUUUGAUGGGGAUGUGGAAGAGAUGAAGGCCGUUCUCCAGGAGGUGGAGGAUCUAGAUACGAAGAAUGGAAUUGGAACAGAUGAGAAGGGGAAGACCAUACGGCUCCGGAAUCUAAUCAACAUGGUGGAAUGCACAGAUGCCAAUGGCAACACCCCGCUCUCUGAGGCCGCCGGAGGUGGCCACCCUUUGGCCAUUCAGAUGCUGAUAGAAAAUGGAGCCGAUCCAAAUAGUCGGGGUGCCUUUAACCGGACUCCUCUGUAUCGCGCUGCAUUUGGAGGACACCUGGCAGCAGUGGAAAUUCUUCUCCAGCUUGGAGCAGACCCCCGACUUUAUGCUGAUGAUGGCAACACCCCAGAGCAGGUCGCAUCUCUAGAUAGCUUAGUGGGCAUCCUGAGCUCCUGGGAUAUCAGCCUGACAGAGUCAAUGCUUCAGAAGAUGGAGGCAGAACAGCAGCGGAGGACCCAGCUGGAGAAGAAGCAAAAGGAAGCAGAGGCACGCCGGAUGACGGAGGAGGUGGAACAGCUGGCCAAGGAGUAUGAGAGGUGCAGCAAGGAGCUGCAGCGGGCCUACUGUGAGCUGAACCGGCGCAUUGCUGAGCAUGAUAAGUGUCAGCGAAAGCAGAUGGGCAAUGCAGAGAUUACCCUUCACGCAAUUGCUGGUGCAGAAAGGGCAGUGGAGGAACUGCGGGUAGAUGCAGAGCAUGCGGAGGAGGAGCUGUCCCUGGCCCGGCUCAAGCUGCGGGAACAGUUGCGGGGAGAGGCAGAGACUGAAUUUCAGGGCCUGAAGUGCUGUGUUCAGGAGCUGGAUGACGUGCUCUUCAAAGAUGUCGGGGGGAAAAUCCGUUCUGAUGGGCGGUGGCCACUGGUAAUCGAUCCCUCUGGCCAAGCAGCCAUUUUCUUGCGCUAUCGUGAUACCAAUUAUCUGAACACUGUGAAUCCCAGUGACAUGAGUGUGGAAACCAUCCGUCUGGCACUGCUGGGGGCCCUUCGGUAUGGGAAGCCCUUAGUCUUUGACAUGAUGGAAGUGAACAUGUUUGACACCGUGAAAAAACAGCUGGAACGGCUGGAGCCAGGGUUGGCUGAGGCAGUGCUGGGCAGAACGAUCCUUGAGAAUGAGAGGUACCUGUCUCUGCUCAGACCAGCAGAUGGCCCUGAAUACGCAGACACUGAAUUCCAAAGGGCUCGGACCGAGAAGUUCAAACUCUUUGUCAUCACGAAGCAGCAGCACCCCCCUGAGGAGCUCUUGCGGAUUCUUCUCCCCAUCCAGGUCAUUCUGACAAAGAGCAGUCGGUAGGCACUGCCCACCUGCGUCCCAUUAAAGCAGCACCUGA